CCAGCAUGGUGCUACCCUGCAACUGUGGAGCCACUGGAACUGAGAGUGCUGUCCAUUGCUCGGACACCAUUGAAGCAGCAUGUCGUGGCUCUUCGGCUGGGGGAAGAGCUCCGGGUCGCCGCCGGUGGAAGAACCGGCUGCCCCUGCUGACGGUGCCGGGGGAGCAUCAGGGGGUGCAGGGGGAGACAAACCCGGGGAUAAGUGGAGUAACUUUGACCCGACUGGGCUGGAGAGAGCUGCAAAAGCUGCAAGGGAGCUCGACAAAUCACGACAUGCCAAAGAAGCGCUGGGACUGGCUCGUAUGCAGGAGCAGAGUGUACAGCUGGAGCUACAGAGUAAAGUGAAAGAAUAUGAGGUGGGUUUGGAGCAGCUGAAGGGCGAGCAGAUCCAGCUACAGGGGGAGGAGAGACGGAAAACACUUGCAGAGGAGACAAAGCAAAACCAGGCAAGGGCGCAAUAUCAAGACAAACUUGCCAGACAGAGGUAUGAUGAUCAGCUCAGGCAACAGCAAUUCCUGAACGAGGAGAACCUUCGCAAACAAGAGGAUUCCGUUAUGAAGCAAGAAGCCAUGAGAAAAGCUACCAUUGAACAUGAAAUGGAGCUGAGACACAAGAAUGACUUGCUUCGCGUUGAAGCCGAGGCCAAAGCCCGCGCCCAGGUGGAGCGGGAGAAUGCGGACCUGAUCAGGGAACAGAUCCGCCUGAAAGCUGCUGAACACAGACAAACUGUCCUUGAAUCUAUAAAGACAGCAGGAGCGGUGUUUGGGGAAGGAUUCAGGGCCUUCGUCUCUGACUGGGACAAACUCACAGCCACGGUUGCUGGGUUAACCCUGUUGGCAGCAGGAGUGUAUUCUUCCAGGAACGCCACAGCAGUGGCCGGCCGCUACAUAGAGUCACGUCUGGGCAAACCCUCACUGGUCCGCGAGACAUCUAGGUUAACUGUUGCAGAGGCAAUCAAACACCCAAUCAAGACAGCCAAGCGUCUAAGAAGCAGACCACAGGAUGCCUUAGAGGGUGUGGUGCUCAGCGCAGCUUUGGAGGAACGUGUGAGGGACAUUGCCAUUGCCACUCGGAACACCAGGCAGAACAGAGGCUUGUACAGAAACAUCCUGAUGUACGGACCCCCUGGAACUGGUAAAACACUCUUUGCCAAGAAAUUGGCUCUCCAUUCCGGGAUGGACUAUGCCAUCAUGACAGGUGGGGACGUGGCACCCAUGGGGCGCGAUGGAGUCACUGCCAUGCACAAGGUGUUUGACUGGGCCAGCACCAGCGGACGAGGCCUCUUGCUGUUCGUAGAUGAAGCUGAUGCGUUCCUGCGUAAGCGCGCCACAGAGAAAAUCAGUGAGGACCUCAGAGCCACUCUCAAUGCAUUCCUCUACCGCACUGGGGAACAGAGCAACAAGUUCAUGCUGGUGCUUGCUAGUAACCAGCCAGAACAGUUCGACUGGGCCAUUAAUGACCGCAUUGAUGAGAUUGUAAACUUUGCAUUACCGGGUCUGGAGGAGAGGGAAAGAUUGGUGCGCCUGUAUUUCGACAAAUUUGUGCUGGGUCCUGCCACUACAGGGAGACAGAGAUUAAAGUUGGCUCAAUUUGACUAUGGCCAGAAGUGUUCAGACAUUGCAAACCAAGCAGAAGGCAUGUCUGGUCGGGAAAUCUCCAAACUUGGUGUGGCCUGGCAGGCCGCUGCAUACUCUUCUGAAGAUGGAGUUUUGACCGAAGCCAUGAUUGACUCAAGAGUUAAUGAUGCUAUCAAGCAGCAUGCACAGAAAAUGGACUGGCUGCUGAUGGAAGCAGGUGCAGGGGUUGGCAAAGUCGGUGUACUCCUCCCUAAGGAAAUGGCUGCAGGAAUCACAGCACAGGAAGCUGCUUCACUUGGACAAACCAACGAUACAACCCCAACUGUACAACAAGUCCUUCCACUCCUUGAUGUUGUGAGCAAUGCUGCCCAGGCAGAAGCAGCCACUCUACCUUCAGAAGUGGAGGCAGAUGUUAUCCUCAAAGAGGCAGCCACUUUGAUUAAAGAAAGUGAAGAUGUUGCUGCGAGAACUGUAGAAACAGUUGAAACCAUUGUUGAGACAGCUACUGCUGCCCCAUUAGUGCAGGAGGUUGAGGCCAUCAAGGAUAUGACUGAGGAGGUUGUAGGCACAGCAGCAGUUACAGACACUAUUGUUUCUGAGGUUAAGGAUAUAGUCAGUGAGGUUAAAGACACAGAAAGUAUACAGGCUACCACUGUCCAAGAAACUGCUCCUUUCAGUAAAGAAGAGCUAACUACUGAUGUAGUUGCGCAAGAGACUGAGGCCACAGAAGUAGUCAAGGAGGAAAAGGAUGUUGUUGAACACUCAACAGUCACUGCAGUUGCUCACGAGAAGGAAUUAGAUCCUGUUCUCUCUAAUGUUGUCCAGCAGCCAGAGGCUACAGUAGUUGGACUCUCCCAGGAGACUGUUGUCCAGGAAAUUGAGUCAGCAGCCACAUCUGUUGAUGGUGUAGAAACUGAAGCCACCAAAGCUGCAGAAGAAGUUGCAACUGAUGCUGCAAAGGUUGCAGGGGAAAUUUCAAGCAAUGUAGCUCAGUUGACUGAGUCCAUGGCAAACAUUGUGAAAGAGGCUGAAGCAAUAGCAACUGAUGUGGCCAAGGUGGCUGGUGAUCUAGCAACCAUCACGGAGGAGAUGGAGGCAGUAGUCACCAAGGAGGUUGAAGUGAUGGAAAGUGAUAUUGUCAAGAACACCAAUGAGGUUGUAGUGGAAACCGAGUCUCAAACAUCAGAGGUUACCAAAGAGGUUGAAGUAGUGACAGAUGUAGUCAAAGAGUCCGAAAGUAUUACUACAGAGGGUCAGACCCUGGUUGCAGAGAUUGUGAAAGAGCCUUUAAAUACAGAGAUUGCAGCCAAGGAUGCUGAAGUCACCCCAGCAGAAGUUUCCAAGGAAGCAGAGGUCAUCCCAGCAGAAGUUUCCAAGGAAGCAGAAGUCAUCCCAGCAGAAGUUUCCAAGGAAGCCGAAGUCAUCCCAGCAGAAGUUUCCAAGGAAGCAGAAGUCAUCCCAGCAGCCCCAGCAGAAGUCCUAAUAACCAAGGAAGCUGGAACUGUGGCUACAGAAGAUGUGAAACUGCCCGAGACUACUGAGGUUGUUCACAAAGAUGCAGAAGUUAUCCUAGAAGAGGUUUCCAAGGAAGCAGAAGUCUCAACAACCAAGGAGGCUGACACUACGGCUACAGAAGAUGUAAGACUUCUUGAGACUACUGAGGUUGCUGCCAAGGAAGCAGAAGUCAUCCCAGCAGAGGUUUACAAGGAAGGAGAAGUCAUCCCAGCAGAGGUCAUCCCAGCAGAGGUUUCCAAGGAAGGAGAAGUCAUCCCAGCAGAGGUUUCCAAGGAAGGAGAAGUCUCAACAACCAAGGAGGCUGACACUAUGGCUACAGAAGAUGUAAGACUCCUUGAGACUACUGAGGUUGCUGCCAAGGAUGCUGACGCCAAGCCAACAGAGGCUGCAGAGGAGGCUGGAGUAACUGAAGUCACAAAUGAGAAGGGCUCAGCAUCUGUUCUCAACAUAGAAACCAAGGUUGACACAGAGACCGUUGUGUCAGAACAGUCUGGGAAACUUGAGAGUCCAACCACUGAGAAGUCAUCUGCCUCUCAGACUCCCAUGACUGAAGAAGCUGAACCGAGUCAAACUGAGAAACCUCUUUCAAGCAAACAGAGUGGAGAUGACAACAACAAACCACCAGCCAAGUCAAGUCCAACAAAAUGAUCACUUGGAAUCUUUGAUGAAAUCCUAUUGUAAAUGAGUGCUGCUGUAAUUCUUAAACGCUUAAGCCUUAAGUCUGAAUCAUUCACUCUGAAUUCGGUCUGUUUAUCAAUAUUUGUGUAAAUCAAUUACUGUGGGUGCCAAAAUUAAGGUAAUAGUUUGAUUAUGGCCUAUAGGUGUGCUGAGUCUGGGUGAGAGGGUGUGUUAACCACUGGCAUUGUGCUACUAUUGCAUUCUGCUUUCUGUCUUUCACUCUUCUGGUUGUCAUGGCCUUUUUAUAAUGUAAAUUUGCCCUCUAAAAGGAUGUUCUUGCAUGUUUGCUGACCAGUUCUGGCAAGAUUUAAAUUACACGCAAAAUGUUCGUUCAGAACAUUCCUCUCUGGCACUUCUUGGCAAGAGCGCUGGCACAAUUGACAAAUAGUUGAACUGUGGAUUCUGCCAGACCCUUAUUUAAAUGUAGUUGGAGGUACUAUGUAGGUCUGACAUUGUGACACUCGGUCCACAUGAACCAGCUUCCACAAUGUCCACAGUUUACAUCUGGUGUUUGAGACUUUUGUGUACUGGCCAAGCCAUACAGACAAGGUGCUUUAGAUCCAGGUGGCUGUUUGACCUCUCUUGCACAUGUGCAGAAUAAAAAAAAACACAUUCAAAAUGCUCCAACAUUGAUGUAGUUUAUUUCCUCUUUCCUCUGGGGAUCAUGUGUUUGGCUGUGUGUAUACAUGUGUGUAUCUGUCCGCAGCUAAUACUUCUGGACCCGUCAACCUAAUAUUUCUUGUGCACAUUAAUGACCGUAUGCUCAAGGACAUCGAAAAUCCCAUAGAAAAGCUUGGUCUCACUUUUAACCAGAGCAUCUUCAGAUUAAUUCCAUACCUGAUACCUAUGUUAUUAUCCACUAAAGUUGGACAUAAUAUUUUUAUUAUCUUCACUGCCAUCUUGACUGUAAGGGAGCCUUCUUCUAUAGUUUUACUGGCGGACCAUCAUGUGCAUGCCGUCACCUACUUUAGAGGGAAAUAUCAUGACAUUAUAAAGAAGUUAUAGUCUGGAUAUUAAACCGGUGUCAUUUGAAUAUUUAAAUGAAGCCCUUUGAACCUGUAAUUGUUUGCCCUGUUUCUAACACACAUUUGAUACUCCCAUCCCCUUGCUUCAGCCAUGCUGUAAUAAAGUGACUGUAAGGGAGCUUUUUUUUUGGGAGGGAGGGUAGGGACAGGUUUUAUUCUGUGUAGUUGUGUUAAAACAAAAUGUCCUAAAUAAAUAACAAUGUUAAUUUGA